AUGUCAUUAAGAUCGAAAUUAUCAUCAUUACGAGAAUAUCUUACUCCUAUCAAUCAUAAUUCUAAUUUUGUCACUACAGGAGAAAUUAGUCCUGAAGAAUUUGUUAAAGCUGGAGAUUAUUUAGUUUAUAAAUUUCCAACGUGGCAAUGGGGUACUGAUUGUCCUAAAAAUUUACAAAAAUCAUUUUUACCCCCAGAUAAACAAUAUCUUGUUACUAGACAUGUUCCUAGUUAUCAAAGAGCAUCUAAUUAUCUUACUGGUGAAGAUAAAAAAGAUGGAAACCCAGAAGAAGAAGAUGAGGAAGAAGAUGAGGAAGGGUGGGUGAAAUCAAAGAAAAUUCAUAGAGUGAUUGAUGAUGAUUCAUAUGGAACACAAAUUAAUAAGAGUGAAGAAAUUAAUGACAUUGAUGAAUUUAUUGAUGAAAAUGCUGAAGAACAAGAACAAGAAUAUGACGAAUCUGAAGAUCAUCAAUUGGAAGAUGAUGACUUUGAUGAUUUAGAUAUUAUCAAUGAUUCUAAAAAUAAUAAAUUACGAAGAUUUGAUUUAUAUAUAACUUAUUCAACUUCUUAUCGAGUUCCAAAAUUAUAUUUAGUUGGAUUUGAUUCUAAUGGUAUUCCAUUAUUACCACAGCAAAUGUUUGAAGAUAUAAAUUCUGAUUAUAAAGAUAAAACCGCCACAAUUGAGAAUUUACCCGUUGCUCAUAACACAACUUCAGUAUCAAUACAUCCUUGUAAACAUUCAUCAGUUAUGAAAGUACUUAUGAAACAUUCAAAAUUGAAUAAAAAAAAUUUACAACAGAAAGAUGAUAGUCUAAGUAAUGGUUUAAAUAAAUUAUCAGUUAAUGAAAAAGGUACCACAAAGGAAGAAAAUUCACAAUCACACGAUAAUGAGGAAGAAGAUGAGGAAGGUAUUAGAGUUGAUCAUUAUUUGAUUAUAUUUUUGAAGUUUAUUGCCAGUGUUACUCCAGGUAUUGAAUAUGAUUAUACUAUGGAUGCAUUAUGA